AUGAAAGCGCUGGUCGGUGUGUGCACUUGCGAAAAUGUUGACAGCCUAGAGGAGUUCACGCCGGCGCAGCAGCGUAGAAUCAAACGAAUCAUCGAUUGGCGACUGAUUCCCGCGCUUGAAAUUAUGUACGGCGCCUCGCUAAUGGACCGAAAGAACAUAUCGAACGCCUUCAUCACACUGUCGUUCUUCAUCACGUACACUCUAUUCUCACUCCCAAUGCCAAUCCUAUGCCGGAAGAUGGGCUCGCCACGCCUCCUUCCUGGACUCUGUUUCAUGUGGGGCUGCGUAAUCAUCGGUUUCGGCUUUGCAAAGCAUUGGUCUGAUCUCGUAGGCCUUCGAAUUGUUCUGGGCUUCAUAGAGGACGGGUUCUUUCCCGGCUGUAUCUACCUCCUGUCGACCUGGUUCACCCGCUACGAAGUGGCCAAGCGCUAUGCGGUCUUUUAUGCCAUCGGCGGCAUCGGCACUGCCUUGACUGGAAUUCUUGCGUACGGUAUGAUGCAGCUGGAUGGUUUGGGCGGACUCGCGGGUUGGCAGUGGAUCUUAGUGCUUCAGGGGCUGCUGACCUGCGUCUGCGCAGUCAUUGGCGGUCUUGCCAUCGUGCAGUUUCCAUAUGUCGAGAAGAAAAAGCCGUCCCGCUGGUUUCUCAAGCCCGAGGAGAUCGACUUUGUGGUGAGGAGAUUGGAACAAGAUCGCUCGGACGUGGACGCCGAGCCAUUCUCGUUCAGAAAGUACUUCCAGGCUGCAAAAGACAUCAAGGUCUGGGGCUUCGCUCUCGUCUUCUUCUGCACGACUACCGUCGCAUAUCCGUUUGCGUUCUUCCUUCCUAUAAUCCUUCACGAUACGCUCGGUUUCGGCUUAGCAUUGUCGCAGUCACUAGUCGCGCCUCCGUAUGUGAUGGCGGUUCUCAUAAUGUAUGCGACUGCUUGGUAUAGCGACAGGUAUCGCAGUCGCGCGCCCGCCAUAGUCUUCAACUGCGCCGUGGCUCUGACCGGUUUGCUCAUCCUGGGUUUCGCAUCGAGAGGGUCGGCACGGUACUUUGGGGCCUUCCUGGCCGCGGCGGGGGCGAGUGCGAACAUGACAGCAACGUUAGCGUACCAGGCAAACCGCGUGCGUGGGCAGUGGAAGCGGGCCUUCUCUAGCGCUACCUUGAGCAGUCUGGGUGGAAUUGGCGGCGUCUGUGGUAGUUUGAAAUUUCGGUCACAAGAUGCUGGCCACCGUCGUCAUAGUAUCACCUGUGCAACAUUGUCGCUGUACUUCUGGCUGCAGAACAAACGAGCGGAUCGUGGGGAGAUCGUUAUCAAUAAGUUGCCAGGGUUCCGAUACACUCUUUGA